AUGGGUGCCGGUAAUUCAACCAUGUCGCGUCCUCCACAGCUCGAUAAUUUGCUGAAAAUUGACAGUUGGUUGUAUGAUUUCCAACCGGAAAUCUGUCGACGAUACACUGUUUUUCUCGAUUUCCAAAAACGAAUCGAAGAGUGUGGAGGUAUGGAGCGAUUUACACAAGGCUACAAAGAAUACGGUCUUAUUGUACAACCUGACAAUUCGGUGCUUUGCCAUGAAUGGGCUCCUGGAGCCGAUCAACUUGCGUUGAUAGGCGAUUUCAAUGGAUGGAAUCGUGAGAGCCACAAAUACACCAGAGAGGAGCACGGGAAAUGGCGACUUGUGGUCCCACCUAACCCUGAUGGCUCCUGCGCUAUUCCACAUCUAUCCGUUCUCAAGGUUGCUGUCACAAGACAAGGGAAUACUGUGGACAAACUCAGUCCAUGGGCCAAAUACGUGACAAGGCCGAAGGAAACAGUAGUUUAUCAUCAGCAAUUCUACAAUCCUCCAGAAAAGUAUCAACUUAAACAUCCGCGACCUCCAAAACCAGAAUCACUUCGUAUUUACGAGGCUCAUGUUGGUAUCAGUAGCUGGGAAGGGAAGGUGAACAGCUAUAGAGCAUUCGCUGAUGAUGUCAUUCCUCGAAUUGCUAGACAGGGGUACAAUACCAUACAAUUGAUGGCUGUAAUGGAACAUGUCUAUUAUGCAUCGUUUGGUUAUCAGGUUACUAGCUUCUUUGCACCUGCUAGUCGUUGUGGUCCUCCUGAUGAUGUGAAAUAUUUAGUCGACAAAGCCCAUGCAAUGGGCAUCACAAUUCUUCUGGAUGUGGUUCACUCCCAUGCAUCAAAGAACGUUGCCGAUGGUCUUAAUGAAUGGGACGGUACGGACAGCUGCUACUUCCACAGUGGUCCUCGUGGAACACAUUCAUUGUGGGAUUCAAGGCUGUUUGAUUAUACGCAGAUCGAAACGCUGCGUUUUCUGUUGUCGAACAUUCGUUGGUGGGUUGAUGAGUACGGAUUCGAUGGUUUUCGUUUCGAUGGUGUCACUUCGAUGAUCUACCAUAGUCACGGAAUAGCCGAUUCGCUAUCUGGCGGCUAUCCUAUGUACUUUGGAUUGAAUGCAGACACGGACGCACUAGUGUAUUUGAUGCUUGCCAACGACUUCUUGCACAAAAAAUAUCCGCAAAUCAUUACCAUAGCUGAGGAAGUCUCCGGCAUGCCUGCUCUGUGCCGCCCCGUCGAUGAAGGUGGUCAAGGGUUUGACUAUCGAUUGGCCAUGGCACUUCCAGAUAUGUGGAUCAAGAUUCUAAAACAUUUGAAAGAUGAAGACUGGAACAUCGGAGAUAUUGUACACACCCUGGAGAAUCGAAGGUGGGGCGAAGCUAACGUCGCUUACGCUGAGUCGCAUGAUCAAGCCCUUGUGGGUGACAAGACAAUCGCUUUCUGGCUCAUGGACAAAGAAAUGUAUGACUUCAUGUCGGUCACGACAUCGUAUACUCCUAUUAUCGAACGAGGCAUUGCCCUUCAUAAAAUGAUUCGGUUGCUUACAAUGGCCCUAGGAGGCGAGGCGUGGUUAAAUUUCAUUGGAAAUGAAUUUGGUCAUCCUGAAUGGUUAGACUUCCCACGUGUUGGUAAUAAUGAGUCGUUCCACUACUGUAGACGACAAUUCAACUUAGCAGAUGAUGACCUAUUGAGGUACAAAUUCUUGAAUAGAUGGGACCAUGAGAUGAACAAACUCGAACAGAGCACUGGUUUCUUACACAAGGGACCGGCUUAUGUCUCAUGGAAGCACGACGGCGAUAAAAUGAUCUGCUUUGAGCGGGCUGGAUUGUUAUUUGUUUUCAAUUUCCAUCCGUCGAAAAGCUUCGCCGAUUAUAAAGUAGGAGUAGAAACACCGGGAACUUACAAACUCGCGCUAAAUAGCGAUGAUGAGCAGUUCGGAGGAUGGAAUCGUCUUAAAAACGGAUCAGAACACCAUACUUUCCCUGAGGGCUAUGCUGGACGUCGCAAUCAUCUGCUAGUCUAUGCCCCAGCAAGAACAUGUCUCGUGCUAAGACUGUAA